AUGUCUACUUUGUCGAGGUCAGUCCCUAUCAGUCAGCAAAAGCUGUCUGAAAAACUGAUAAUUCUCAAUGAUCGGGGAAUUGGAAUGUUGACGCGUAUUUACAACAUUAAAAAGGCCUGUGGUGACGCUAAAUCGAAACCAGCAUUCUUGUCAGACAAAACAUUGGAGUCUUCUAUCAAACACAUUGUGAGAAGAUUUCCCAAUAUUGAUGUCAAGGGAUUACAAGCCAUAACUAAUAUAAGAAAUGAGAUAAUUAAGUCACUCUCCCUGUACUAUUAUACAUUUGUAGAUCUUUUAGACUUCAAGGACAAUGUCUGUGAGUUGCUUAAUAUUAUUGAUGGAUGUCAGUUGACUCUAGAUUUGACACUUAAUUUUGAACUGACUAAAAAUUAUUUGGAUCUUGUGACAACUUAUGUUGCACUUAUGAUAUUACUGUCUCGAGUUGAAGACCGAAAAGCUGUGCUUGGAUUGUUCAAUGCUGCUCAUGAAAUGGUACACAAUCAGAUAGAUGCUAGUUUUCCACGUUUGGGACAAAUGAUAGUUGAUUACGAUGCUCCAUUCAAGAAGCUGUCAGAAGAAUUUGCACCACACCAAAAAGUUUUAUCAAGUGCAUUAAAUUCAUUAUGGCAUGUUUAUCCAGCAAGGAAUAAAACGGCCGAUCACUGGAGGUCUGAACAGAAACUUAGUUUAGUGAGCAACCCAUCACAACUACUUAAACCAUCUGAAACUGCAACUAUGUCCUGUGAAUAUGUCUCAUUGGAAUCGUUGGAGAGAUGGGUGAUAUUUGGUUUUGCAUUGUGUCACCAAAUGUUGUCACAAGACCAUGCAAACAAGAUGUGGGUUAGUGCCUUAGAAUCUGGAUGGGUUGUAGCACUAUUCCGAGAUGAAGUCAUUUACAUUCAUACAUAUAUUCAAAGCUUUUUUGAUGGCAUUAAAGGAUAUGGUAAAAGAAUAUCUGAAGUGAAGGAUUGUUAUCAUCAAUCUGUUCAAAAGGCAGGCUAUAAACACAGAGAGAGAAGGAAGUUCUUACGAACCGCUUUAAAAGAAUUGGGUCUCAUUUUAACUGAUCAACCUGGUUUGUUGGGACCAAAAGCACUGCUAAUAUUUAUUGGUCUUUGCUAUUCAAGGGAUGAAGUGUUUUGGCUACUUCGACAUAACGACAAUCCUCCACAAAAAGUCAAAGGUAAAUCUACUGAAGACUUGGUAGACCGUCAGUUGCCUGAACUUCUGUUUCACAUGGAGGAACUCAGAGCACUUGUAAGAAAAUAUAGCCAAGUUAUGCAAAGAUAUUACGUCCAAUAUCUAUCAGGUUUUGAUGCAGUAGCCUUGAAUCUCAUGAUACAGAAUUUACAAGUGUGUCCUGAGGAUGAAAGUGUUAUAUUGUCUUCUCUCUGUAGUACAGCUGCUAAUUUAAGUGUUAAGCAAGUUGAGAGUAAUGAUCUAUUUGAUUUCCGUGCUUUUCGUCUAGAUUGGUUUAGAUUGCAGGCUUACACGUCUGUUGCAAAAUGCCAAUUGAAUAUUGUCGAUCAAAGAGAACUCGCACAAUUUAUUGAUAAAAUGGUUUUUCAUACGAAAAUGGUUGAUAAUCUCGACGAGAUAAUGGUGGAAACUUCUGAUCUGUCAUUAUUUUGUUUCUACAACAAAAUAUUUGAAAGCCAGUUCCACAUGUGCCUGGAAUUUCCGGCCCAAAACCGUUACAUUAUUGCAUUCCCACUUAUUUGCAGUCAUUUCCAGAACUGCACUCACGAAUUGUGUCCGGAAGAAAGACAUCACAUAAGAGAAAGAAGUCUGUCGGUUGUGAACAUAUUCCUGGAUGAAAUGGCAAAGGAAGCGAAAAAUAUAAUUACUACUAUUUGUGAUCACCAAUGCACAAUGAGCGACAAGUUGUUGCCGAAACACUGUGCUCAAACUAUAGCGCAUUUAGCAAACAGAAAGAAGAAGGACAAGGGCAAAAAGAAUCCCAUAGAGAUUAUAAAACCAGGAGCGGAGAGCUAUAGAAAAACUCGAGAAGAAUUGACUACAAUGGAUAAACUUCAUAUGGCGUUGACUGAGUUGUGCUUUGCUAUAAACUAUUGCUCAACGGUUAAUGUUUGGGAAUACACAUUCGCUCCUCGUGAAUACCUGCAUCAGCAUUUAGAAAACAGGUUUUCUAAAGCACUCGUCGGAAUGGUCAUGUUUAAUCAGGACACAAGUGAAAUAGCCAAACCUUCGGAACUGCUGGUCAGUGUAAGAGCGUAUAUGAAUGUACUUCAAACCGUUGAAAAUUAUGUGCACAUCGACAUCACAAGAGUGUUCAACAAUUGUCUCCUUCAACAGACACAAAGUUGUGAUAGUCACGGUGAAAAAACUAUUGCAGCCCUUUAUACUCAGUGGUAUUCCGAGAUACUACUUAGGAGGGUUAGCGCGGGAAAUAUUUGCUUCUCAAUGAGUCAAAAAGCAUUCGUGAGUUUAUCUGCUGAAGGUGCAAUUCCUUUCAAUGCAGAGGAAUAUUCGGAUAUCAAUGAACUAAGAGCACUAGCGGAGCUUAUAGGACCUUAUGGGAUGAAACAUCUCAGCGAGACUCUAAUGUGGCACAUCGCUAGUCAGGUUCAGGAACUUAAAAAACACGUAGUACAGAAUAAAGAAGUCCUUCAAAUGCUCCGAACUAAUUUCGACAAACCUGAUAUAAUGAGAGAACAGUUCAAAAGGUUGCAACAUGUUGACAAUGUGCUACAAAGAAUGAGUAUAAUCGGUGUAAUUUUGAGUUUUCGUCAAAUCGCACAAGAGUCAUUGCUUGAUGUGUUGGAGCGUCGUAUUCCGUUUUUGAUAAGCUCCAUCAAAGACUUCCAACAACAAUUGCCCUCCGGCGAACCUUCUCGUGUUAUAUCUGAGAUGUGUUCAGCAGCUGGAUUGUCGUGUAAAGUGGAUCCUACCUUAGCUUCCGCGUUGCGACAACACAAAGCCGAACUCGAAGAAGAGGAGCAUCUCAUAGUUUGUCUGCUGAUGGUGUUUGUAGCUGUCUCUCUGCCGAGGCUCGCCCGUAACGAAGGUUCGUUUUACAGACCAUCUUUAGAAGGGCACGCUAACAAUAUUCAUUGUAUGGCACCAGCAAUCAAUCAUAUAUUUGGAGCCCUGUUCACUAUCUGUGGUGAAGGUGAUAUUGAGGAUAGAAUGAAAGAGUUCUUAGCACUAGCCUCGUCGUCAUUGUUACGGCUCGGACAAGAGACGGAUAAAGAAGCUAUAAGAAAUCGUGAAUCGGUUUAUUUACUUCUCGAUCUUAUUGUUCAAGAGUCACCAUUCCUUACAAUGGAUUUACUGGAAUCCUGCUUCCCAUACGUGCUGAUAAGGAACGCUUAUCACGAAGUAUAUAAACAGGAACAAAUGCUAUUGCAUUCAUAA